CCAUCAUAGUCACUCUUCUAAUGAUGAGUGCAUCAGCAUCAACAUCGGCAAUUCCCAUUCUACUGGGAUCAUCAUUAAAAGCAAAGAGAGAAUCAUCUACAUCUUCCUCGAGGCAGCCGCUUGUUUCAGUCAAAUACAACUUUAAACCGCCAUCAAUAUCAAAAGAAAGUGAUGCAUUCCUGCACUGCCCAAAGUGUACGCAACCAGAAUGGCUCUUAGAGUAUGCUGGAGGAUCAACCUCAAAGAAUGGCAUUGAACAAUCAAAUGAUGCACAGAGUUUCACUGGUACGCAAUCAGCAGCAAAGGAUGUAGAUUGUGUUUUGGUAUGGGAUGAUAGACGACAAGCUUAUGUUCUUGAUAGAAUAACAUCUAGCUUUUCGUUAAAGUUUGAUCGCAAGCAUACAAAGCUUAGCAAAGAGGCAAAAGAUGCUUUCUCGGCUGAAUCAAAUCAACGCAGGAGAUCGAGCGGCCGAACAAGUGCUUUAGGUUUGGACAUACCAGAGCAAGAGCUUGAGACGCAGUUGGAUACCUUCUAUGUUGAUGAUGAAGAGGAAGAAGGAGAGGAUUCAGAAAUGCACAUAACGGAAAAGAAACCGAAUAAAGAUGCGGUGGAAGAGGGAGAAAGCGAUGACGACUUUGCUAGACAGCUACAGUUAGACUUAGAAGAAAUGGAUACUGAUCAAAGGGAAAGUACAGAUCAAGAUAACGGACGUGACUCAAGUCCGAAAGGGAUAAAGACCGGAUUAGGCCUUGUAGGAGCACAUGGUCACUUGAUGAAUUCAGAAGAGGUCAUCACACCAAGAGGAUCGCCAUACCUGGACAGAAGCUCUAAAUUACAAAACUCGAAUACGCACAAUGCACCUGGCAGUGUCCCUACCAGCGCAAAUAUACCCACAACCACUCAAAUGCGCUCCACGCCUGGUAUGUCACCUUUAAGUGUUGCUAAUUCACCUCGACCAACAGGUUUGGAAUCUAGCUUGAGUGCUACUUGGAGGCCACCAGCACAAAGAAGUGCAGUCGCAAUGGCCUAUGACGAAGAUGAGGAUGAUGAAGACGACGACGACGACGAGAGCGAGGAUGAAGAAGACGACGAAGAAGAAGAAGGAGCUGUAGCAGCACCGGCUGGAGGAGAAGCUGAUGAUGAUGAUUUAGACGAAUUUGCAAGACAAUUAGAUAGCAGUAUGAUGGAGCCGCCAACUCCGAUAGAAGAUGAGAAGCCUGCACCUACUAAAGGACGUAGAAGUAGUACAAGAACUAAGCGUUAAAGAGCUUUGUUAUUCAUAGAUGACAAUGAAUGUCAUGUUUUCAUUUGAUGUAUAAUUCAUUUAUCCACUUUGUCG